AUGGACAAGGGCCCUUGCUCCGGCUUAUUCCCCCGCUACUACUACAAGAGUGCGACCAAGACCUGCGAGGAGUUCACUUACGGAGGAUGCGGGGGCAACGCCAACAACUUCAAAACGCUCCACGAGUGCGAGACGCUCGAGGACCGAGUGUGCUCCUUGCCGAUGGACAAGGGCCCUUGCUCCGGCUUAUUCCCCCGCUACUACUACAAGAGUGCGACCAAGACCUGCGAGGAGUUCACUUACGGAGGAUGCGGGGGCAAUGCCAACAACUUCAAAACGCUCCACGAGUGCGACAGCAAGUGCGGAAUGACCCUCGACCCGGUCUGUGAGCUGCCGAAAAAGGUUGGUCCGUGCCGUGCUCACGUACCCCGCUACUACUACAACACGACGACGGACACUUGCGAGAAGUUCGUCUACGGAGGAUGCAAGGGCAACGCCAACAACUUCGAAACGCUUAAGCAGUGCGAGACUAGCGCAUGCCUGACGCAUAGGCGGCUUCAAGGCAUUUUGGACGCUGCGGCCUGGGUGGACGAGCCUAGCUCGUCGUUGGUGUGA